GCUCAGAUUCUGGCGAGUUUGACUACGUUGGAGAUGGGGAAGCCGUAUAGUGUCGCAUACGAUGAAACAUUCUGGGCCGCCGGUGUUCUCCGUUAUUAUGCCGGAUUCGCUGACAAAAUCGGCGGCAAAACUAUUCCUAUGGAUGGUGAUUAUUUUUGCUUCACUCGACAUGAACCAGUUGGAGUUUGUGGGCAGAUCAUUCCGUGGAAUUACCCGACACCUAUGUUCGUAUGGAAAUUGGGUCCUGUUUUGGCAUGUGGUUGUACAACGGUUAUUAAACCCGCGGAACAAACUCCCCUAACUGCAUUACAUGCUGGAGCAUUGUGUAAAGAGGCGGGAAUACCUGCCGGCGUGGUCAACGUCGUCCCCGGCUACGGUCCCACGGCAGGAGCGGCUCUGACGUCACAUCCGGAUGUGGACAAAGUCGCCUUUACUGGAUCCACUGAGGUUGGCAAACUUAUUCUUCAAGCUUCUGGUGGCGUUAACAUCAAACGCACAACUCUGGAGCUUGGUGGCAAAAGUCCGAAUGUUAUCAUGGAUGAUGCAGAUCUUGAAGAAGCUGUGAAAUUUGCUCAUAAUGGCGUUAUGGUCAAUUCUGGCCAGUGUUGCAUUGCUGGAAGUAGAACAUUCGUGCAUGAAAAGAUUUACGACGAGUUUGUUGCCAAAAGUCGUGAAAUGGCAGAUAAACGACUGAUAGCUACCGGUGAUCCGUUUGAUCCUAACACGGCACAAGGUCCCCAGGUGGAUGAGGAACAAUACACUAAAAUUUUGGAUCUCAUCGAGUCUGGAAAGAAAGAGGGCGCUAAAGUCGAGAGUGGUGGCGCUGCAGUCGGGGGCGAUGGUUAUUUCAUCAAGCCAACUGUGUUCUCUGGAGUCACAGACAACAUGAGAAUUGCCAAGGAAGAGAUAUUUGGUCCUGUACAGCAAAUUUUCAAGUUUAAAACUUUGGACGAAGCUAUAGAGCGUGCCAAUGCUACUGAAUACGGACUGGGCGCCGCCAUCUUUACUAAGAGCAUUGAUAACGCCAUGAUGUUUACGCAAGGAGUUCGAGCAGGAACAGUGUGGGUGAAUCUUUAUGAUGUCGUAAACCCACAGGCACCAUUUGGAGGAUUUAAAAUGUCAGGAAUUGGAAGGGAACUUGGUGAAUAUGGCCUAUCGGCAUACCAAGAGGUGAAAUCGGUCAUAAUGAAAAUUCCUCAAAAGAACUCGUAAACUUUGGGAUCACGCCAGCGAUUGAUGCAGCUUCCUUUUCAUGCAAGUGAUUGCGCAUGAGUGAAAAGUAUAGGGAUGAAAACGUUUUUGUUCCGUGUGUUUUAGCAAGGCAUUUGUAUACAGUAACCUUACAGCUUUCUUUAAUUGCUUAACAGUAUUAAACCUUAUCUUACGACAUAUUUAGAUUUGAAAACAUGUUAAAGACUUGGAACGUUUUUUUUUUUUUCAGAUUGAAAAUGUAUUAAUUUGCAAAAAAUUAUUGCCGUUUUCAUUUUAUGUUACAUGUAUUAUUUCUCUACGAAAUAAAUGCAUUAAUAUGUGAUAUCCAUUGGUGAUUUUGAACAAUUGAUAGCCUUUUACAAAUAAAUAUGGCGUACAGUG